AUGGAGUACACCAGGUUUUUGGCAUUAAAUGCAAUUGUCGUUAUAGCAGCAGCAAUAAUGUUUGUUGGCUGUCGUCGAUCGUAUUCCAUUUAUUUCUUUGAGCACAUCGUGGCACAGAUGGAAUACACCAGGUUUUUGGCAUUAAAUGCAAUUGUCGUUAUAGCCGCAGCAAUAAUGUUUGUUGGCUGUCGUCGAUCGUAUUCCAUUUAUUUCUUUGAGCGCGAUACGAAGAGAGUGGUAUUUUUGGAAGAAAUCUCGGCAAUCUUCGUUCCUGUGGUACUGUCAGUUUUGCUUCUCAUACUUUAUCUUGGCGCCAAACGAAUUGAAGCUGUUGGAGAGGAAGGAGUUCCGUCAAGGAGAACAAGUUUAGCACAUUCGACAGUUCAGAGACCAUCUUUCACUGAGCUUGACAGCAUUCCGGAAUCGUCGGCUGAGACUCAUGGCAGAAGAAGCAGUGAAACAAGCAGGGCAUCGAACAGAGAUUCUGUAGAUGAUCACACCGGUCUUUGCUCAGGCGAACGGUCAGUGGAGGAAGAACUCAGACCGAAAUCCUCGCUCACUGAGAAGAUCCUGGAACAGCUCGCUCGAGGAAGAAGCAGUGAAACAAGCAGGGCAUCGAACAGAGAUUCUGUAGAUGAUCACACCGGUCUUUGCUCAGGCGAACGGUCAGUGGAGGAAGAACUCAGACCGAAAUCCUCGCUCACUGAGAAGAUCCUGGAACAGCUCGCUCGAGAGAGCGAAGCUGCAGAAGCAACUAAUGGAAAAAUUCGUCUAGAUAAUUUGCCGCCUAGGAGAAUCUCAAGGGCCAGGAAAUCUUCAAUCCUGGAUGAUAACGAACUGGCAGUGGAGCGAAAAAGAUCACAAAUCUACAAAGAAAUUGGAAGGAUCUCGUUCUUUCCGACCACGUUUGGUGAGGUUAUGGCGGGCAUUCGCCGUCCGUACACGAAAAAUAACACGAAACAGUCGCUGUUCGAUGUCGUUAUCCAGCUUAUUGGUGUGCAUAUACCGUUAUGGCUAAGUGUUGUUGCCGUACACAUUACGCUCGUUGAAGUUUUCAAUAUGAAACUGUAUUAUUUAUUUUACUAUUAUCAUCCCGGAAUGAAGCUGAUGGCGAUGGUUAUUUCGAUUUUGUUGGGGCUUUUCCAUGAAGCCAAAUGGACGUGGUUUGUCAAUGAUCUUUUGGGCAUUGCAGCGGCAUACGUGGUCAUCGCACGUGUUGAAGUAAUUUCACGCUUCUUUUAA